UUCAGGUGCAUGUACAAAACCUCAAGUUUCAGAUCCUCAGUCGGUGUCAUUCCAGCAGUAUUUAAAAACAGUCUUCUCUAUUUGAAACUUUAUUUUUCGAUCUGUGAAUACAUUUAAAUAAGAAUUAUAGGAAGGAUGAGCUCUUUUGCUUUCGGAUUUUUGGUGGUUCUUGCUGUGUCGACAUUAGCAUCAACCAUAACCAACAAUAACAACAACGGAUAUCCAGGACAUGGUUCCAUCACAAACAAUAAUAACGGUUAUCCUGGGUCAGGAUCAGUUAAUAACAACAAUAAUAAUAAUUACUACCCUGACCAUGCUGACUCUAACUUCACAACGGCUCGACCAUCGUCAUUUCCAAAUAACAAAUGUCCCUAUGGCCAAAUUACUAACAAGGAGAAUGGCGUCGUCGUGGAAAUCAUUUGCCUUCCCGAAGGUUACCCAUCUGUGACAAACAACAAUAACAACAACUAAUGUAAGAUGAGACAUAUAACCAACCAUGGGUCGUAUGGUAAUUAAGACAACACAAUUCAGUCACAUUAUUUAUAACGAAUAAUUCAAUUUAAAUCUCUGAAAUAAAAUUAAAUAAAGGCUUUAAAUUUAAAUAAAAACUUACUUUC